GCGACCUAUUAUCUGAAAUAACUGGGAGUGUAUUUUAUGGUCCGAGGUGGUUUUGUAUUUUUUCCGCAAAACCUUAAUUCAGUUGGCGUGGGGAAGUGAUUUGGUUCGGACUGUGAAAUUGGAAGAGAAACACAAAUAUAUAUGUAUAUGCAAGUGAAAAGUGGAAAUUUGCCAGAAUUGUGAAAAAUCGACUCCAACUGGUAGUUGUGAGAGCAAAGUGGAAAAUCAAAAACGAUCAAAAUAAUUGAAAGCCAAGUGCAAAUUCAAUAUAGAAUAUAAUAAAAAUAUUAAGAUUAAAGUAAACAGCGUAUUAGAUAAUUAUUUCGAAUCGAAAAUAGUAAAUCGAAAGACGAGAAAAUAAUCGAAUAAAUAGUUCUACGCUUGAAGUGAAAAUCAAUAUAAAAUAUUUCGAAUUGAAAAAGGAAUCCAAAGAAGAGACCAAAUUAUAAAAAUGCAAUCCUUUAAAUCCGACGAAUUGCCGGAGAAUCCGCGCGAAUCCUCGAAUCCCUUGUCGGCAAUGAUGUUUUGUUUUACAAUGCCGACAUUUUUCAAGGGACGCAAAAGAGUUUUAGAUGAAUCAGAUCUUUUUCGGGCGCUUAAGGAGCACAAAUCCGAUCUCAUGGGUCACAAGCUGAGUCAUGCCUGGGAAGAAGAACUGGCGAAGAGUCGUCGCAAGGGCAAAGAACCAAGUUUGAUCAGGGCCACAAUAAGAGUUUUCGGUCUGCAUUAUAUGAUGCUGGGGAUCUUGAUGUUUCUGUUUGAGGUGUUUUUGAGAUGUUCCCAACCAUUAUUUUUGGGUGCCUUGGUUUCAUACUAUGCCGAUCCUGAAACAGAUAAAACCGAUCAAACAACAGCCUUUCUAUAUGCUUUGGGGGUUAUUUUGACCAGUGCCGGCAGUGUUUUUCUUAUGCAUCCCAACAUGUUGGGUAUUGUCCACACGGGCAUGAAAGUUCGUGUGGCUAUUUGCAGUAUGAUUUAUCGCAAGGCCUUGCGUUUGAGUAAAAGUGCCAUGGUCAAUACGACAUCGGGCCAAAUGGUAAAUUUGAUAUCAAAUGACGUGGGCCGUCUGGAUACCUCGGUGUUGCAUAUGCAUUUCAUUUGGAUCGGACCGUUGGAAAUUUUUUUGGUUACCUAUUUUAUUUAUCAAGAGAUCGGUGCCAGUUCCCUGAUAGGUGUUGCUGUGAUGUUACUCUUCGUACCCAUACAAGGCUAUAUGGGUAAGAAGACCUCCGUUUUGCGACUGCGCACUGCUCUCUGCACCGAUGAACGUGUACGCCUGAUGAACGAAAUCAUUUCCGGCAUUCAAGUGAUAAAAAUGUAUGCUUGGGAAAUUCCAUUCGGAAAAAUGGUCGAUUAUGCUCGACGCAAAGAAAUGAAGGCGAUACGUUAUGUGAACUACAUACGAGGCAUCAUGGGUUCCUUCAUCAUGUUCAUAUCGAGAAUUUCCAUUUUCAGCAGUUUAGUGGGAUAUGUCUUGUUGGGACAUUUCCUGACCGCCGAAAAAGCGUUUGUGGUCACAGCUUUCUAUGGUUUGCUGCGUAUCACCAUGACCGUUUAUUUCCCCAUGGCUGUGGCUCAGGUUGCCGAGACUCUGGUGUCAUUCCGUCGUAUACAGAAAUUUAUGCUUUUGGAUGAGGUGAAAAUGUCGGAAAAUCCCAUAGUGAAGAGUAAAAUGAUCCCGGCUAUUGUCAGUGAAAAUGACAAGAGUGUGGAGAUAAUAAAAACGAAUGUUGUCAAGGAACCUGGUAUUGUCAUACAAAAUUUAACUGCCAAAUGGAACCCAGAGUCAGCGGAAUAUAAUUUAGAUAAUGUAACGUUGGAAUUUAAACCAAAACAAUUGAUAGCCGUUAUUGGACCAGUGGGAGCAGGAAAAUCAACCUUAAUACAGACCAUACUCGGAGAACUACAGCCCUCAUCAGGUUCCAUCACAGUAAAUGGAACUGUUUCCUAUGCCUCACAGGAACCUUGGCUCUUCACCGGCACAGUACGCCAAAAUAUACUCUUCGGUCAACCGAUGGACAAGAAACGUUACAACUUGACGGUGAAGAAAUGUGCCCUAGAAAGAGAUUUUGAGCUGCUCCCCUAUGGAGACAAGACCAUUGUGGGAGAACGUGGUGCCUCAUUGUCGGGUGGUCAGAAGGCUCGUAUAAAUUUGGCACGAGCUGUUUAUCGUCAGGCCGAUAUUUACCUAUUAGACGAUCCACUCUCUGCAGUGGAUACUCACGUUGGGCGCCAUCUUUUCGAUCAAUGCAUGCGACAAUAUUUACGCGAUCGCACCGUUGUUCUCGUUACACAUCAGCUGCAAUUUUUGGAACAAGCUGAUGUCAUAGUCAUCUUGGAUAAGGGUCAGGUGAGAGCUGUGGGCACCUAUGAAUCGAUGCGUCAAAGUGGUUUCGAUUAUGCCCAAUUGUUGCUGAGCAAUGGUGAUGAUGAGGAGCAGCAAAAUGAGGUAUUGGACAAAUCAGAUGGUAGAAUUGAUAAUGAUCGUGAUGCGCAAAAAAUGAAGCGUCAAAAUAGUAGACAACGACAGAUUAGUGUUACCUCUGUUGCCUCAACGGUGGAGUCAGUACAGGAAGUGGCGCCCAAACAAGUCGAAGAAUCUAGAGAACAGGGAGAAAUUGGUUGGAAGUUGUAUGCGAAAUAUUUUAGUAGUGGUGGUAGUUAUAUUACGUUGGCAAUAAUGGUCAUACUGUGUGUUGGCGCCCAGGCAUUUGGUUCGGGUGGUGAUUAUUUCCUGUCAUAUUGGGUCAACAAAAAUGAAAAUAAGGCUCACGAAGUAGAGGCCCGUGCUGAAAUCCAAACCGAUCCCGUGGAUAUUUACAUUUUCUCCGCCAUUAAUGUGGCCAUCGUCAUUGUGGCCAUGCUGCGUAGUUUUAUGUUCUUCAAUUUGGCCUCGAAAUCUUCGACACGACUCCACAACGAUAUGUUUGUUAGUGUAACGCGCACCAGUAUGUAUUUCUUUAAUACAAACCCCUCGGGCCGUAUUCUCAAUCGUUUCUCCAAGGAUAUGGGUCAGGUGGAUGAAAUAUUGCCACAAGUCAUGAUGGAUGUUAUACAAAUCUUCUUGGCCUUAUUGGGUAUUGUCAUAGUCCUGGCUAUCGUUAAUCCUUGGUAUAUUUUGGCCACAGUAAUAAUGUUCGUCAUUUUCUACUUUUUGCGUUCGUUCUACUUGAAGACAUCACGUGAUGUUAAACGUCUGGAGGCCAUAACCCGAUCCCCAAUUUACACCCACUUGGGAGCAUCAUUGAAUGGUCUUGCAACAAUACGAGCCUUUGAAGCCCAGGAUAUACUCAUACAUGAAUUCGACAACUAUCAAGACAUGCACAGUUCCGGCUACUACAUGUUUUUGACGACAAGUCGUGCCUUUGGCUAUUGGCUGGAUUGUUGUUGUGUCCUCUAUCUCGCCAUCAUUACACUGAGCUUCCUGCUCUUCUCCCCAGAGAAUGGAGGUGAUGUUGGUUUGGCCAUUACGCAAGCAAUGGGUUUAACCGGCAUGGUACAAUGGGGUAUGCGUCAGUCGGCCGAGAUGGAAAACACCAUGACAUCGGUGGAACGUGUUGUGGAAUAUGAGAGCAUUAAACCAGAGGGAGAACUUGAAUCCGAACCUAAUAAGAAACCACCCAAAUCAUGGCCUGAGGAGGGUAAAAUUACCUUCGACAAUUUGAGUUUACGUUAUGCUCCCGAUCCGAAAUCGGAAUAUGUAUUAAAAUCAUUGAAUUUCAAUAUACAACCAUGCGAUAAAGUGGGAAUUGUGGGCCGAACAGGUGCUGGCAAGUCGUCUUUGAUUAAUGCUCUCUUCCGUUUGUCUUUCAACGAUGGUUCCAUUGUCAUUGAUAAGAGGGAUACCCAGGAUAUGGGUCUGCAUGAUUUGAGAUCGAAAAUUUCCAUUAUUCCCCAGGAACCAGUGCUUUUUUCGGGUACAAUGCGUUACAAUUUGGAUCCAUUCGAUGAGUAUUCCGAUGCCAAACUGUGGGAGGCCUUAGAAGAGGUGAAACUCAAACAAGUUGUGGCCGACAUGCCCAAUGGCCUACAUGCCAAAAUCUCGGAGGGUGGCACCAAUUUCAGUGUGGGCCAGCGCCAGUUGGUCUGCCUGGCCCGUGCCAUUCUACGAGAAAAUCGUAUCCUCGUCAUGGAUGAAGCCACCGCCAAUGUAGAUCCCCAGACGGAUGCCCUCAUUCAAACCACCAUACGUCACAAGUUCCAAAAUUGUACCGUUCUCACGAUAGCCCAUCGUCUGCAUACCGUCAUGGAUUCAGAUAAGGUUUUGGUCAUGGAUGCUGGUCGUGCGGUGGAAUUUGGUUCACCCUAUGAAUUGCUGAAUGAAUCCAAGGUGGGCAUUUUCUUGGGAAUGGUAAAGCAGACGGGCCAGGCGACAUUUGAGAAUUUAUUCCAAGUUGCCCAAAAGGCUUAUGAGAAUAAUUUGCAGGGCAAAAAGGAUCAAUAGAUGUAAGAUGUGACAACAAGUACUUAUAGAACCAGUAAAGUCAUUUUUUUGUCGAGAAAACUGAACAAAAAGGACGCAAUGCAAAUAUAUAUGUUUUUUAUGAUUUUUAAUGAAAAUACUUAGUUUUAGUUUCUUUAUCGCUGCUUUUACAGUUUGUGAUUUUUAAUACUUCUGUUUAAUUUGUUAUUUAAGUACAUAAAAUAUAAAAGUUCAGUUGUAAUGAACACAGAUACAUAUGUACCUACAUUUUUACGAAACACGCAUAUGUGUGUGUAAGAAAUUAUUGUUUAUAACACAAAUAAUAAUAAAAUACUUUAGUUGAAUAAAUUAUAAA